AUGGCGGUGCCCACGUUCCCGACGGUCGACCAGUGUGCAUCGAUUGGGCGCGAGAAGCACACUGUGGUGGCCGACCUGGAUGGGACCCUGCUCCGCGGCCGGAGCUCCUUCCCCUACUUUGCCCUCGUUGCCUUCGAGGUUGGCGGGGCCCUGAGGCUCCUCCUCCUGCUCCUGGCCUCCCCGCUCGCAGCCCUCCUCUACUAUUUCGUGUCCGAGUCCGCGGGGAUCCAGGUCCUCAUCUUCGCGGUGCUGGCCGGGAUGCGGGUGGCCGACGUCGAGUCCGUGGCCUGUGCAGUUCUGCCCAAGUUCUACACCAGCGACCUCCACCCGGAGUCGUGGCGGGUGUUCUCCGCCUGCGGGAGGCGGUGCGUCCUGACUGCGAACCCGAGGAUCAUGGUUGAGCCGUUCCUCAAGGACUUCUUGGGGGCCGACAUGGUUUUGGGGACCGAGCUUAGGACCUACAAGGGGAGGGCCACUGGGUUCGUGAGCCAGCCAGGAGUGCUCGUGGGAGACAAGAAGGCGGCCGUGCUUCGCAAGGCGUUCCAGGAAGAUCAACCGGAGAUUGGCCUGGGCGAUCGGCAAACCGAUGCCCCCUUCAUGGCCUUGUGCAAGGAAGGAUUCAUCGUGCCACCGAAGCCGGAGGUGAGGGCCGUGGCAAACGACAAGCUUCCGAAGCCAAUCAUAUUCCAUGAUGGGCGGCUCGUCCAGAAGCCAACCCCUCUUGUGGCCCUCCUGACCAUCCUCUGGAUCCCCAUCGGCUUCCCCCUCGCCUGCCUGAGGAUUGCCGCUGGGGCACUCCUCCCGAUGCCCCUCGUCUACUACGUGUUCUGGGCGCUCGGCGUCCGCGUCACUGUCAAGGGCACGCCCCCACCGCCGGCCAAGAAGUCAAUCGGCCAGUCAGGCGUGCUCUUCAUCUGCUCCCACAGGACGCUUCUCGACCCGAUCUUCCUCUCCACGGCGCUGGGCCGCCCAAUCCCUGCGGUCACCUACUCCGUGUCCAGGCUCUCCGAGGUCAUCUCGCCCAUCAAGACCGUCAGGCUCAGCCGGGACCGGGCCACCGACGCGGCCAUGAUCAAGAAGCUCCUGGAGGAAGGCGACCUGGCAAUAUGCCCCGAGGGGACCACCUGCCGCGAGCCGUUCCUUCUCAGGUUCUCAGCUCUGUUCGCUGAACUGACCGACCAGCUGGUGCCGGUGGCGAUGGUGAACCGGAUGAGCAUGUUCCACGGGACGACCGCUCGCGGAUGGAAAGGGAUGGACCCGUUCUACUUCUUCAUGAACCCGAGCCCGGCCUAUGAGGUGACAUUCCUGAACAAGCUGCCGAUUGAGCUGACCUGCACGGCCGGGAAGACCAGCCACGAGGUGGCCAAUUACAUUCAGAGGAUGAUCGCCGGGACGCUCUCGUACGAAUGCACCAGCUUCACCCGGAAGGACAAGUACCGCGCGCUCGCUGGCAAUGACGGGACGGUGGCCCAGAAGCCGAAGCUUCCGGCGAGCAAAGUCAUGGGGUGCUGACUUAUUUUCCCCGCCAUGAGAGAUCUCAUUUCGGAUAUGGAAGAGCAAGCAAAGGAAACCGAUGCAUGUUUUAGGCUUAUAGCUUUACUACGUAGUCCUUACGCCUCUUAAGGUUGCGCGCGCCAGGUCAUGAAACGUUAUUUUCCUGUUCGAUUGCAGUGUUUUAUGUUUUACCUAGAAAAGCUUGGAAAAAAUGAUAGGGAGAAAU